ACCCCCCGGCGGCAGCAGCGAUGCGGAGGAGCAACAGAGAAGCUCCGGGUUUCACCUCCGAACAUUAGCGGGACAUUAACGGAAACCACAAGUGACCGAGCUCUUGUCGUGUGGGACCAGAAGCUCCGGAGCUGCGGGGAGGCUGUCUCCCCCUGACGCCGGAUCUCAGAGCAGCAGCGGCCGGGACGCUGCGUCUCUUCUUCUGUGGAGGAUUUCACCCGGACAUUCUCUGCUCAUCGGACCGUCUGUGAGCAGGUUACCCGGGUGUGUUGGGUCCUUAAUGCCCCGGAGGCCCGGAGGAGCUCAGACCGAGGAGCCCCGGAUCCGGGCUCAGACACCGGGGGAGUAGAGCAGGAGUCUGUCUCUCUGUCCGAGCCCCGUCCACCAUGAACCCUAUGAACCAGAUGAAGGCUGGACUGAGCAAUAACCCACACAGCGAGGGCUCGUACCCCUACGACCCCUCCGGCUGGCAGCAGCCCACCAAUCAGCCCACUGGAUCCCUCUCCGUGGUCACCACGGUCUGGGGAGUGACCAAUCCUUCGGGUAACCAGGGUCUGGGUGGAGGGGGGAUGGGCCCCGGGGCCAACCAAGGCGGGGGACCCAUGAUGCAGGGGCCCGGAGGUCCAGGCAUGGCCGGUGGACCUGGUGGCUACAUGGGCCAGCAGGGCUACGGCGAGCCCAACAAAGGCUACAUGAACCAGGGCAUGUACGGCCGGACGCAGGGGGGCUACAGCGGAGGACCGGGGGGGUACUCGGGGAGUUACCCGUCGAACCCUGGUGGCUCCAGAGGCUCGGCUGACUUCACCCAGGCCACCGCCGCCGCCGUGGCUGCAGCCGCCGCCACCGCCACUGCCACCGCCACCGCCACCGUGGCCGCCAUCCAGGAGAAGCAGAACCAAGAGAUGAACUACGGACAGAUGGGAGGUCAAGCCUAUAACAACCAGUUCAUGGCCCACUCGGGCCCCCGUGGGCCCCCCGGCAUGGCUCCUGGAGGCAUGGGCCCUGGUCAAGGCCCUAACAGGGGUCCCCCCUCUAUGGGCCCCAUGUAUGGACCCGGAGGGGGCCCCCAGAGGGUCCCCCAGCAUCCAAAUUAUGGUCCUGGACCACAACAGGGCCACCUAAGGCCCCAGCAGGGCCUCAAACGGCCCUACAACUCUGAGUCAUUCCCAGGAAUGACUCAGCAGUACGGCGUCCCCGUCGGCUCCGGUGUCAACGUGAUGUCGGGUCCUGGUGGCGCCGGUGGAGGGAUGGGGGGUUCAGGGGGAGGUGGUCACCCCGGGCCUGGUCAGUACCCCGGACCUAACAUGCAGUACCACCAAGGUCCAGGCCCCGCCCCUCAGAGAACUGGUCCCUCCCCCUCUUAUCAUAGCCAUAAGAUGUCCCUUCCGCAGUACCCCCCCUCUGGACCCCCAAACUCGCAGUACUACAAGCAGGAACAGUUUAACGGUCAGGGUGGAGGUUUAAACACUCUGACAACAGGGGGCGCUGGUGGUGUCUACAGCUCCUUCAACCAACCGUCAGGGCCUGGUCGAGGGUUGCCAGGUUACCCCUCCUCACCGGUACCCGGUAACCCGACCCCUCCCAUCACUCCAAGCAGCUCCAUGGCCCCGCCCUACAUGUCGCCUGGCAGCAGUGACAUCAAGCCAAGCCCCUCCUCCUUUCUGCCCGACAUCAAACCCAACAUGGCCGGCCUGGCCCCGCCCCCUCCUACAGGUAACCCGAGCGACGACCUGCGGCUGACCUUCCCGGUGCGUGACGGCGUCGUGCUGGAGCCGUUCAGGCUGGAGCACAACCUGGCCGUCAGCAACCACGUGUUCCAGCUGCGAGACUCCGUCUACAAGACGCUCAUCAUGAGACCGGACCUGGAACUCCAGUUCAAGUGUUACCACCAUGAGGAUCGGCAGAUGAACACGAACUGGCCGGCUUCCGUCCAGGUCCGGCCUUUUUCUUACAUCCUCAUUGAGGAGUUGUGUGGUUUGUUUGUUUCUAUUUGUGUGUUAACCUUUGUGUGUCCUCCUCAGGUGAGCGUGAACGCUACUCCUCUCACCAUCGAGCGAGGCGACAACAAAACUUCCCAUAAGCCUUUGUACCUGAAGCAGGUGUGUCAGCCGGGCAGGAACACCAUCCAGAUCACAGUGACCGCCUGCUGCUGCUCGCACCUGUUCGUCCUGCAGCUGGUUCACCGGCCGUCGGUGCGCUCGGUGCUGCAGGGGCUGAUGAAGAAGAGGCUGCUUCCUGCCGAGCACUGCGUCACCAAGAUUAAAAGAAACUUCAGCAGCGGUUCGAUUCCUGGGACACCCGGGUUGAAUGGAGAGGAUGGCGUGGAGCAGACGGCCAUCAGAGUCUCAUUGAAAUGUCCCAUCACUUUUCGCCGCAUCCAGCUGCCGGCCAGAGGUCACGACUGCAGACACAUACAGUGUUUUGACCUGGAGUCGUAUCUGCAGCUCAACUGUGAGCGAGGAACCUGGAGAUGCCCCGUGUGCAAUAAGACGGCUCUGUUAGAAGGUCUGGAGGUGGAUCAGUACAUGCUGGGAAUCCUCAUCUACGUUCAAAACUCGGAGUACGAGGAGAUCACCAUCGACCCGCUGUGCAGCUGGAAGCCGGUCCCCGUGAAGCCGGACAUCCACGUGAAGGAGGAGUCGGACGGCCCCGUGUUGAAGCGCUGCAGGACGCUCAGCCCGAGUCACAUGGUCCUGCCCAGCGUGAUGGAGAUGAUUGCGUCGCUUGGCCCCGCCCCCUCUUCCAAUGCAACCUCUGCUCCGAUGCCCUAUUCUUCAAUGCCUGCAGGGGGCAGCAAUAACAGCAGCCACACCCCUGAUUACCCCGGACCAGCUCCGUCCUAUCCCGGUCAGUCCGGGACCUUCUCUGACUUCAGUGGUCCUGGGACUCCGGGAGUGGGGGGGGACUUCUCCUCCCCCGGUCCUCCCCCUCUCUCCUACCAGUCAGAGCUGUCCAGUGCCCUCCUCACCCCCGACAAACCGCCGCCUCACCCACUGGCCGGACAGAUGUCAGUCUCAGGUCGUCUGGACUCAACUUCCCAUGGUGCACCUCUCUCCCAGCAGCAGUCGCAGGGUCUCCAUGGCAACUCGCAAAUGGGGGGCAACCAAAUGAUGCAGCGUAGCAACCAGAACCCCCGUCUCCAAGGCGACGGCUCCUUCGGGCUCGGGGCCGAGGUUCCAGAACCUUCUCUGGAUCUGCUUCCGGAGCUAACGAACCCGGACGAGCUGCUGUCGUACCUCGGCCCCCCCGACCUCCCGAACAACAACAACGACGACCUUCUGUCCCUGUUUGAGAACAACUGAACACACACAGAGAUCCGAAACUCACUGACUGUGACACACUCUGUCUCCUCGCCCGCCAACACCACUGUCGGUCCAACAUGGCCGCCGCCUGCACAGGAUGGAGGGGACGAGAAAUACAAAAUGAAAAAAACCUCCAACUUUUAAAUAUGAAAACUCUUUGAUGUGUGACUAUGAACUUGAUGGUAACUUUAUUUUAUGUUUUUUUUUGUUUUUUUAAUUCUCUGAAAGUGUAUCUUGAUGCUUCAUCCUUCAUUCCCUGUCGGCGCUGACAGCCUCACUCAUCACAGCCACUACAUCUCUUUAACGUGAGCGUCCAUGUUUCAGACUCAGGUCGCCGCUGAGCCGUGUCCACGUUAGUUUCUGCUGGUUGAUUUUUAUCCAAGUGGCGUUGUUGUUCGAUGGCGUUCAGCGGUGAUGAGGAGUUGAUGUGAUCGGAAGUUCUUUCAACCGGAAUAUUUCUGGUCCAGUUUUAAAUGUUAUGGUAUGAAUAGUUUAAGAUGAACUUUAAAUGAACAGCUCGGUCUGUUUUCACAGACGUGUUUGUUUUUCACCCGAGUCACUGAAGAGGAAAAAAAAAAAGAUCAAAUCCCUUGCUUGAGUUUUGUGAAGCCGACGCACCGUGGUCACUGCCUGCGUUCUGGUAGAGGCUGCAGACCGGUGGGUGCAGACGUUCUGAAGGUCUGGUCCGUGUUCCACAGACGAGGCGGUUCUGGAGAGCGUCACCGGUUGGCCACAGGUCUGAACAUGUGGCUGAGUGUAAACCACGCAGGUUCAUGCACAUCUGGAGUCUUUCAGAUACGAGACGUCUGAUGUAUAAACGGAACCAAAGCUUCUGGUCCCAGAACUUUCUUGAGCGCCUGUUGUCGAGCAUCUUCCGUGCUUUUUAAACUCGCUCCCUGAAUGCAGCGCGAGGCGUUCAGGAUCCAGGUUGGGCCAAACACAGUGAUACAAGGAGGAGAAGAAAGAGAAAACACUGAGUUGUUUGGUCAUUUCGUCAAACUGUGAUUCUAGAGGAUUUCUUCUUCAUCCUCCUCCUCAUCAUUACUCUGUAUGUUGUAAAGUGACUAGAGUCCAGACAGUUGUGAUGUCUCCAUGUCCCAGUGGCUUCUGAGAAGAGCCAACUGUACAUGAUCGCUCUGUAUGAUCCAGUAAUGAUGCUAAUAACAAUUAUAAUAAUAACCUUUGUAAUUUAAUAAACACACACUGGAAAGAC